AUGGCCGAGCCGUCGCAGAUUAGGAAAUGGUUCUUUAGCUCGCCUCCUGCAGAAUGGGCCUUGAAGCAGCUCAGGGAGCUGACUAUAGGCGCUCUGCGCCAAGGUCCCAUCCCUCAGCACGUCGCUUUCGAGAUGGACGGCAAUCGUCGAUAUGCCCGGCGCCACCGGAUGGAGACCGUUGAGGGCCACCACUACGGUUUCGAAGCUUUGGCAAGGAUUCUGGAAGUAUGUUAUAAGUGCGGCGUCAAGACUGUUACAGUUUAUGCCUUCAGUAUCGAAAACUUCAACCGACCCAAGUAUGAGGUGGAUGGCCUCAUGGAGAUGGCCAAGGUCAAGCUUGAGCAGCUUGCGCGGCACGGGGAUAUCCUAGACCGCUACGGCGCCCGCGUUCGAGUGUUGGGACAGAGGAGUUUGAUCCGGCCCGACGUGAUGGAGGUUGUGGACCGCGCCGUCAACAUGACCAAACAUAACAACCUCGUCGCGCUCAACAUCUGCUUCCCAUAUACUUCUCGCGAGGAAAUGACGACGGCAAUGCGAUCGACGGUUGAGGAAUACCUAUCCCCUCCACUCCCCAAGAGCAACCCUUUCUCCCAGUCGCGCAUCACCCGAAAUAUCCUAACGAAGCACCUUGAUAUGCGGGGUGAGCCCCUACCCACUAUCAGAGAUGCAUCGCCUGCGCCGUCUUCCAAGUCCGACGCGGACGACGACAAUGAUGCGAACUCCUCGACCACACUCUCUCCCGAGACCCUGUCACCCACCCUUACCGGACGUCGCCUUUCCUCCUCCCGAAACGCGCUCCCCAACCCCGAGACUAUCACGGCGGAAACUCUAGAUAAACAUAUGUACACGUCCGAGGACCCGCCGUUAGAUAUCUUUGUGCGCACCAGCGGCGUCGAACGUCUCAGUGACUUCAUGCUCUGGCAAUGCCACCAAGACACCCAGAUCUUCUUCCUGCAAUGCAUGUGGCCCGAGUUUGAUCUCAAGCACUUCAUUCCCGUUCUUCUAGAAUGGCAGCGCCAGCAGAAGCAGAAGGCGCGAGAAGCUUCUCCUCUGAAGGCAGAGCGUUCUGCCAAGGUGCAACGGGUCGUUGCUUAA